CUCGAGCGAUUACCUCUACUGUGUACGCAUUUAAAAGUCAAAAAGGAGUGCACACUUUACACUGCACUUUUAUUUACUUGUCUGGGGGGAAAAUCGUAGUUAAUUAAGAAGGAAGUUUAUUUAUGGAGUUUUCCUUUGAAUCCUGUAUUUACUCAGAGGACCCACGACGACCUAACUGAUAAAAUAUAAUUAUCAUCAGUGUACCUACACCUUGAUAUAAACCUUUACAGCUAUUUUACUUCCUGGAUCUUAAUUGUUUACUCAGAUUUGCAUUUUAUUUUUAGAGCUCUGAUUCGUGGCGUUUGUAGCGUUUGCGGUUUUAUGUUUUACUUUAAGGGACGUGCAUUACACGUGAAUAGGUCACGGGAGGAGAUCUAGAUAAUGACGAGGACGACACAAUAUGUGGACGCUUUCUGGGACCCCGACUUCACCAAUACUAAAGGUUUUGAGAUCCUCUCCAAAAGAAACAAAGAUAUAAGGAAGGUGUCAAAGGAAUUGGAGGAUUAUUACAAAGAAAGAGCCAAGGCGGAACAGGUGUACAGCAAAGCCAUCCAAGCUCUGGUCAGAAAACUAGAGGGCAAAGAGGAAAUCGGGGACCUGGGUAAGACCGUGAGGGAGCUGAAGACGCAGACGGAGAGGAUCGCCCGAACUCAUGAACAGGCGGGAAACGACUUCCAAAUACUCUACAACGAGCUCAGCAAGUUCGACGACGACCACAAGUCUAUUAAACAACAGAUCGAGGACAGAACAAAAUCAAGUCAGAAUGACAAAAUCCAAAAGUACAAGACCUGUAUGUCGUGUAAAGAGAAAUACAUCACAAAAUGUAAAGAGAAGGAGGCUGCCGAGGAGGCAUUUAACCAGGCCCGACAGAGUGUACAGAUUACAUCGAAAGACUUAGCCAAGGUUGGAAAAUCAAAAGAAAAGGCUGACGAAGCCCAACAACAGGCAGAUGUAAAUUACAAGAAUGCGGUGCAGGCAGUGGAGAUUUCUAGGAAGAUGUGGGAAAAGGAGAUGGAGGACGCCUGUAAUCAAUUCCAGCGGUUGGAGGAACAGAGGGUAGGGUUUUUUAGAGACAGCAUAUGGAAGUGUACCAAUGUCGACUCUAAAGCAUGUGUGGACCACGACGAGUGCGCUGAAGCUGUUCGGAACGUCUUGCAAUACUGUGAUAUUUCCAAAGACCUACAAGAAUUCAUAGAUAACAACAAAUUAUCGGGAAGAAGACCGGAACCGAUAGUAUUUGAAGACUACGACCGCCGAGCUCCAAGUACUCCACCACGUAGCCACACGAUGAGGCCCCCACAACCACUCCCACCCGCCCAGCAGCAUAGAGUCCCGCCACCCAGACCCUCCGAGGGACCACUCAUCUCCUUCGAAGAAGCUGACGAGCAUUAUGCUUUGGCGGGAGCCAUACCGUCUGGAGAUUAUUCUUAUGCUCGAGUUUUCCAAGAUUCCAGGCCCUCUGGACCAGGUUUAACGCCCGGAUCAUUGGUUAACAUUCUCAAGUCUUAUCAAGCAAAGAGUCCGUCUGAGUUAACAGUGGAGAUAGGUCAGAAGGUGGAGUUUAUGCGGGAUAUGAAGGCGGGGAUGACCCAGGUCAAGGUGGGGGAGAGAUGCGGACUGAUCCCCACUGCGUGUGUUCGAAUGGGGACCACGACUUACCUGUGAAUUCUCACCUCGGAAAGAAACAACAAAUUACAAUAAAAUUACUGUGGCUGUGUAUGUUGUUGUGAAUCGUUAUGUUUAAAUGUCAUUUGUUUUUGUUUUAAAUUAUAUUUAAUGUUAUUAUUAUUCUAUUUACAUGUAUAUGUAAUUUCAUGUUUGGCAAUGUACAGGCACGUAGCAUCAAGGGGGCCUGCUCCCACUUUUUCCCAGACACACAUGUAAGUUUAUUUACAGGAAAUGUUCAUUCAAAGUCCGGUUGCCCUCCCCCCUUUUUGAUUGCAGUAUUGUCAAAUAAGGGUAAUAUUAGGGUAAUGCUGUGUUAGAGUAAAACUUUGGUACUAAAA